UUACAUCGGAACAGUUUCAAGACAGGACUAGUAUAGUGUUUAUCAUUUACUUAGCGUUUUUGUUGAUCGUAUUAAAGUGAAGAUGCAGGGUAUCAACGUUUUUGUGGUUUUGGUGAUCGUGGCUCUUUUUGGGCUAAUAUUUGCGGCGCCUGCUGAAGAGCUAUCAGGAGUUGAGCAGCUCCCAGCGAUGCUGGUGCGGUCGGGGCCGGCGCAGCUGGCGCUGGGCUCGCCGCAGCCGCGCCAGUGCACCAACAACGCCUGCGCCAACCUGUGCCGCGCGCUCGGCUGGACCACCGGCUUCUGUCUCGACGCCGAGUGGUGCCUCUGCUACAAUUAACCUCCUGACUCACUGUUACAGGACCAUUCUAACAUUAACUAAAACCGUGUUACUAUGUAAACCCCAAACAUUAAAUGGAUCAAACAAGCGUUAAACGGAUCUAAUCUAACCUUAUCUAUCUAAGUGAUUGUAACGAAAAAAUACAUUAAGAUCAUAAUAAAUUGUGAAAUAAAAUUAUAUCUAUUGUAAUCAGA